AUGCCUUCACUUAACCAUUUAGCGGAUUCCAUCUUUGUGAAGAAGCUAAAAACCAAGGAAACAAGGAAUGAGUCUGGGGGCCGUAUUCGCUGCGAAGACUGUGGUUUCCUUGCAGAUGGUAUGAGUGGUCUCAAUGUCCACAUCUCAAUGAAGCACCCGACCAAAGAGAAACACUUUCACUGUUUGGUUUGUGGCAAGUCUUUCUAUAGUGAGAGUAACCUUCACCAGCAUUUGACCAGCGCUGCUCACCUACGCAACGAGCAGAACAGCGUGGAGGAGCUCCCAGAGGGAGGCGCCAGUUUUAAAUGUGUUAAAUGCACUGAGCGAUUUGAAAACGAACAUGAGCUCUUUCUUCACAUCAAAGAGAAACAUGAAGAUCUUCUGAGAGAAGUCAACAAGUAUGUCCUGGAAGACACAGAGCAGAUUAACCGCGAGAGGGAGGAGAACAAAGGCAACGUCUGCAAAUACUGUGGCAAAGUCUGCAAAAGCACAAACUCCAUGGCUUUCCUGGCCCACAUUCGAACACAUACAGGAUCCAAGCCUUUCAUGUGCAAGAUCUGCAACUUUGCCACGGCUCAGCUGGGCGACGCUAGGAAUCACGUGAAGAGGCACCUCGGCAUGAGGGAAUACAAGUGUGACAUCUGUGGAUGGGCCUUUGUGAUGAAAAAGCACCUGAGCACCCACAUGCUGGGAAAACAUGGAGUAGGACAGCCUAAAGAGAGUGGGAGAGAGAAGGACGAGGAUUCAGGGGGGAGGAGGGGUGAGAUGACAGGCUCCGACUCCCUGACAGGUUCUGGGUGA